UAAUUGUUUUCUUCUUUUAGUUUGAUGGAAAACUACACCUACAACAGCCCCACACUCCAGCUGGAGGGGUUAAUUCUCCCAAAAGAAUACAUGUUACCUGCCUUUCUCUUUUUCUUUUUCUCCUACUUUUUUAUAAUUGUUGCAAAUGUAAGCAUUUUGUUUCUAAUAUUUACUGACAAAAACCUUCACCAGCCUAUGUAUCUUCUUCUUUGCAACUUGUCAGUCAGUGACAUAAGUGGAAGUACUCGCCUUCUGCCUCGUUUGCUUGUAGACAUGUUGCGUCCUCCCUCUGAACGCCUCAUCAGUUAUUAUGAAUGUGUGGUUCAAGCUUUCACCACACAGUUCUUUGGUACCACCACUCACACAGUGCUCAUGAUUAUGGCCUUUGACAGAUAUGUGGCCAUCUGCAAUCCGCUGCGUUAUUCUGCCAUAAUGACCAACAACAUGGUGAUCAAGCUGACAGUUUCUGCCUGGGGAGUGGCCUUUGUUUUGGUUGGGAUUCUGCUCGGUCUGACCAUAAGACAGAACCGAUGUAGGACUCUGAUCACAAACCCUUUCUGUGAUAAUGCCUCACUGUUUAAACUCUCCUGUGAAAGUGCUCUUAUUAAUAACAUCUAUGGUCUCACUUUCACUGUGGUUGGGCUCAUCUUUUCUAUAGGCAGCAUUGUUCUCACCUAUACUAAGAUUACAGUAGUCUGUCUGACCAGUAAGAACAAGACUUUGAACAGUAAAGCCUUAAAGACCUGUAGCACUCAUCUGGUUGUGUAUCUGAUCAUGCUGUUAAGUGGAAUAAUUAAUGUUACUUUGCAUCGUUUCCCCCAGCACUCAGACUCUAGAAAAGUUUCUGCAAUUCUGUUCAUUAUUAUACCUGCAAGCCUCAACCCAAUAAUUUAUGGUAUACAGUCCAAAGAGAUACAAAAAAAAAUAUUAAAAAUCUCUCAGUCCAAGAAAUGA